AUGGACGUUCAAGACUGGCAAGCGAGCAGACUCAGAAUCAGGAAUAGUCGUUACCUUCAGAACGGCAAUGUGAAGCCAUGGCCUUGGAGUAUUCAAAUUCAAAUACUCGGCGCAGAGGGAAGCGGACGACACAGUUUUCUGGAUAGGAUAUGUCUCGACGAGUUUAUACCCAACGACGACCCCUUCACAGAACGCGACAGCGCCUGCAAGCAAACCCACCUCCGAGGCCUCGCCUGCAACGUCUGGCUCGAGACGCCCAUGUCUCUCACAUCCCACGGCGACGGCUUCGCCCUCUCCAAGCAGGAGCUCUUCUACUGGCUCACCCGCGGCAUGCGCGACUGCGACGCCCUCAUACUAGUCUAUGACCUCACAGACCCCAGCAGCUUCCGGGAGCUAUGCGAGUUUUGCGCCCGCUGCGAGCUCGAGGGCGUUGGGGUGGCGCCUGGGUCUAGUCUGCCGUGUCUUGUUGUUGGCGCAAAGGCGGACUUGCCGAAUCAGGAGCAUGUUCAUGAUGGGGAGCGGUUGGCUAAGCGUCUGGGAGGUCGCUUCGUCACUUGCUCCUCACGGACGGGCGAAGGCUUCCCGGAGCUGAUGGAGGCGGCGAUUGGACCAGUGGUGGAUGCAAGGACGGCGCUUAUACAGGAGAGCGAGGAUAUGUUGGGUCAGGCAAUACGGGCGUUGCUGGCGUGGGCGGGAGAAAAGAGGACAGGCUUGAGAAAACGACUGAGCAAGAGGAAAAGAACAUCAGAGCCUCGACGGCCCGUGUCACGACCGAGAUGCACGGGAGCACCUCCACGAUGGACAAUGAGGAGCUUGAUCUCUCUGCCUCUAUGCCAGAGCCUGCAGGGAAUGAGCAGCUUUGACUCGGAGAACAGCGAAGCUUCACUCCUGGUCCCGUGUCCGCCGGAGUGGCAGCUCUCGGUGGACCUGGUCGAGCCGGCCGCGACAGACUGGGCGCCGAGGUUCUAA